AUGGCAACAAUUAAUAUUAUAAAUAAUAAUAAUAAUCAAAAUAAUAAUAAUCAAAAUAAUAAUAAUAAUAUAAAUCAUACAGAAUAUUUUAAUAAUGGAUUUAAAUCAUUAUUAGGAGAAUUUAAAAAAUAUACUGAUAUAAAGAUUAAAUGUGGUGGUCAAAUAUUUCCGACUCAUAGAAUUAUAUUAGCGAAUAGUUCAGAGUUUUUCGGCAGAUUAUUAUUAUCAGAUUUUAAAGAAUCAAGUCAAUCAGUGAUAGAAUUGAAACAACCAGAUCCAUUCAAUGUAUUUCCAAUGGUUUUAGAGUUUAUGUAUGACGGUAUAAUCUAUCUAUCACCUGAGAAUGUUAUACCUCUAUUGGCAAUGAGUGAUCAUUACUUAAUACGAGAUCUUCAACAUUUAUGUCUACUCUUUCUAGAUCAAAAUCUACAUCGUGAAAAUGUUUUAACAAUUUUAAAAUAUUCAAUCGAUUUUCAUUUCGAACCAAUCACCGAACGUUGUAUAACUAUAAUUUCUAAAAAUUUCACUUUUGUUUGUGAAAAUUUAUAUAAACAAACUAAAAUUAAUCAAAAUAAUAAUAAUAACUGUAUAAAUAUUGAAAAUAAUAAAAAACAUUUAAAUACUUCCUCUGCUUCCUCUUCUUUAAAUUCUUCAACUUCUUCUGCCUCUUCUUCUUCCUCCUCUUCUAAUAAUAAUUAUUAUACUACUACUACUACUACUACCACUACUACUACUGCUUCUUCAUCAAAUUUUAAUAAGAAUUUAACAAAUUGUAAAGUUACGGGACAACAACAACAACAACAACAACAACAACAACAACAACAACAACAACAACAACAACAACAACAACAACAACAACCAAUUUAUGAUUUUUCAUUUUUACCAGCGUCAAUUUUUUAUCAAAUUUUAGAUCAUGAUUAUUUAGUUGUAAAUAGCGAAUAUACACUAUAUAGAAUAGUUUUAAAUUUUAUAGAAAAGUUUUUUGGUGAAAAUUUUACUGAAAUCACUUAUAAUACAAAUAUAACUGAUCAAUUAAAAGUUUCUGAUUUAAUGUCUCAAAUUAGAUAUAUACUAAUGCCAUAUGAUCAAUUAACUUUAAUUACAAAGGAUCCAUUAAUACCAAAAGAAAUUUUAUUUGAAACUUUAUUAGAAAGAUUAAAAAGAUUUGAAGGUAAAACUUCAUCUCCUUCUUCUUCUUCUACUUCCUCUUCACCUUCCAAUACAUCAAAUUCUCCAACAAAACAAACUUCACCUUCAAAAUAUCAACAACAACAACAACAACAACAACAACAACAACAACAACAACAACAACAACAACCACAAACCAUACAUCAAAUGAUACAACAAUCACAACUAACUAUACAUCAAAUUGUACAACAAAAUAUACAGCAACAACAACAACAACAACAACAACAACAACAACAACAACAACAACAACAACAACAACAACAACAACAACAACAACAACAACAACAACAACAACAACAACAACAACAACAACCACAACAACAACCACAACAACAACCACAACAACCACAACCACAAAUUAUACAGCAACAACCACAACAACCACAAAUUAUACAACAACAACCACAACAACUACAACAACUACAACAACCACAACAACCACAAACUAUACAACAAAUGGUACAACAACAACAAAAUAUACAGCAACAACAACAACAACAACAACAACAACAAAAUAUACAGCAACAACAAACACAAAAUAUGCAGCAACAGCUUCAACAACAAUUAUUACAACAAAUUCAACAACAACAGCAACAGCAACAGCAACCCCAAAUAAUAAAACAAUUUACACCAUCAUCAUCUCCACUAUCAUCAUCAUUCAUAUCACUAAAUGCUUCACAAUCAAAACUUUCUAUCAAUAAUGCAACUAAUACUACUAAUAAUAAUAAUAAUAAUAGUAACAAUGUAACCAAUACCAAUAACAAUAAUAUUAUUAAUAAUAAUAAUAAUAAUAAUAAUAAACAAACGCAAUCAAACAAUAAUGAUAAUAAAAUUUUAAAAAGAUAUCAACCAAGACCUCCUCAAUCAAUACUGUUUGAAUAUUCAUUUGAUUUUGAUUUUAAAGGAAUUAUAUUUUGGAUUUCAACUGAUGGUGGAAAUGAAAAAUGGUCAAAUCCUCAUUCAACUUCAAAAAUUAAAAUAACAUCAUCAAGUAUUGACAAAGGAAAUUUAUAUGAUAUUGUUGAAUUAACACCAAAUGCAUUUUGGACAAAAGAUGUACCAGCUAGUUGGGUAAUGAUUGAUUUGGGACCAAAUAGAACGGUGGUACCAAUGUAUUAUACUAUUAGACAUGGUUUAUCGUAUAAAUCGGAUUCUUUAAGAACUUGGGAUUUCCAAGGUUCAACCAAUGGCGAACAAUGGACUGUCUUGAAAAGGCAUACAAAUGAUCCAUCACUAAAUUAUAAAUAUGCAACUCAUUCUUGGCCUGUAACAGGUUGUGAAACUGCUUUUCGUUAUUUUAGAAUCUUACAAACUGGAAAGAAUUCAAAUAAUAGAAACUUUUUAGUAAUUGGUGGACUUGAAAUUUAUGGUGAACUUUGUGAAACAAAUCCAAAUCCUAAUUAA